AUGCCUCCUACCGUUCCAGAAGUUGAAAUUUUCCCUGUCCUGAAGGGCAAAGUCGCCAUCAUAACCGGCGCGGCGCAGGGCAUGGGAAAGGCUACCACCGAAGUCUUUCUCAAAGCCGGUGCCAAAGUCUUUGGUGACGUCCUGUUCGUCAAAGCUGACAUAUCAAAGUCGGAAGAAGUACGAAGUCUAGUCGAGAAGACUGUAGCGAAGUUCGGUCGGCUUGAUGCUGCGAUUAACAACGCCGCUCUGACCCCGGAUACCACACCUCUCAUCGACUUCGACGAGGAUUACUGGAGCAAGCUCACAGAUAUCAAUCUGAAGGGCACGGCGCUCUGUUGCAAGUGGGAGAUGCAGCAGAUGAUCAGGCAAGGCGGGAAGGGCACGAUCGUUAACAUUGCUUCCAUCAAUGCCUUCAAGCCGCAGCCAACUAUGCCAGCUUACACGGCUGCUAAGCAUGCUUUAAUCGGCCUGACCAAGCACGCGGCUAUGGAGGGAGGUCCUCAUAACAUCAGAGUCAACGCUAUUGCUCCCGGAGCUAUUUAUGUAAGAGUUCCCGUUUAA